UACAGCAGCUGCCUGCUAGUCUCUUUUGUAUGGCCUAUUGUUGCUGCACACCCCUCGUUAAUACACAUGCUGCCCGGGGCAGACCCUGAGAAUGACAUCAACUUGCUUCUCUUAGAAACCUACAAACCUGACGCAGGGUGGGGAGGUUGCCUUGCAUCUGCCUGGCCAACUAAUUGUGAGCCUUUUCUGGCCUGUGAUUGGUCACCGUUCUGCUCAGUAAUAGGUUAAGCAAAGACGUAGCCAUUCCAUCUGGUCAACCACUCAUUGUUCUGCUUGCUUGCCUGGAAGUUUGCAGCUGAAGUCCUGUUAAGGAGUUGCUUCUGGAACUGCUACAAGAAACAAAUUUCAGUGUGCUUUCCAGUUAACGAACACAGAAUAUUUUAUAUUCAGGAAUACAAGAAAACCAACAAAGUGGAGUCAAGUACAUGCAGCAGCUUCAUGGGCUUGAAGGAUCACUUGGGGCAUGACCUAGGCCACCUCUAUGAGGACAGUGCUGAGACACAGAUAAGUGCAAUUGCACCUUGGUCAAUGGUAGAGAAACCAACAAUGGAUAAAAUUAACUCUAGGAAGGAGGAUUCAAACAAGGAGACUUCUGAAGAAACUGGGAGCUCCAGUUGUGAUUCUGAUGAGAGCACAAAUUCUGAUAAUGAAUCAGAGCAACUGACUACCACUAGAACAGAAUCAUGUGCAUUACCGAAGACUCACAGACAACUGUGCAGAUCUCCUUGCCUGGAACCCCAUAUACUAAAACGCAAUGAAAUCUUGCAAGACCUAAAGCUAGAAGAAGCCCGUCUGGUAUCUAAAGAAAUUAAGAAACCCCCUGAUGCAGUCAAAGAAUAUCAAACCAAACUGGAGUUUGCACUUAAGUUAGGUUACUCUGAAGAACAGGUUCAACUUGUACUGAAUAAGCUUGGUACUGAUGCUUUAAUCAAUGAUAUACUGGGAGAACUUGUCAAACUUGGAAAUAAAACUGAGACGGAUCAGAGUGUAAGUAACAUUAAUACUAGCAUAAUGCGGGAAGCAUCUUCUGUUGAAUCUCAGAGGUCUGACUCUCCCCUUCAGGAGGAUGUGCCGGUGGAUGGUGAUAACCUGAGACCUAUAGUUAUUGAUGGCAGCAAUGUGGCAAUGAGCCAUGGGAACAAAGAAGUCUUCUCUUGUCGGGGGAUAAAGCUGGCAGUGGACUGGUUUUUGGAAAGAGGCCACAAAGGUGUUACAGUGUUUGUGCCAGCAUGGAGAAAAGAACAGUCACGACCAGAUGCUCUCAUUACAGACCAAGAAAUCUUACGUAAAUUAGAAAAGGAGAAAAUUCUGGUGUUCACCCCAUCCCGCCGUGUUCAGGGGAGAAGAGUGGUGUGCUAUGACGACAGGUUCAUAGUGAAAUUAGCCUUUGAGUCAGAUGGUAUCAUUGUAUCUAACGAUAACUACAGGGAUCUCGCUAAUGAAAAGCCAGAAUGGAAGAAGUUUAUUGAUGAACGGCUGCUGAUGUAUUCAUUUGUCAAUGAUAAAUUCAUGCCUCCUGAUGAUCCUCUUGGCCGCCAUGGCCCAAGUCUGGAUAAUUUUCUAAGGAAGAAACCUAUUGUACCAGAACAUAAGAAGCAACCAUGUCCAUACGGGAAGAAAUGCACUUAUGGACACAAGUGCAAAUACUACCAUCCAGAAAGAGGGAAUCAGCCUCAGAGGUCGGUAGCUGAUGAACUUCGUGCCAUGUCUAGGAACACAGCUACCAAAGCUGCUAGUGAAGGAGGGCUGGUGAAAAGUAAUAGUGUUCCUUGUAGCACAAAGAUGGAUAGCACUUCGGAUCUCAAACGAACUGCUCCAAAGAGGCAAUCAGAUCCUAGUAUAAGGACUCAAGUCUAUCAAGACUUGGAGGAAAAGCUUCCCACCAAAAACAAGUUGGAAACCAGGUCUGUACCUUCUUUAGUUAGUAUUCCGAAUUCUGCUGCUGCAAAACCCCAAAGUACUGCACCUUUAAGCAAUGGCCUUCCAUCUGGAGUUCAUUUCCCACCUCAAGAUCAAAGACCACAGGGACAGUACCCUCCAGUGAUGAUGGCAACCAAAAAUCAUGGAACGCCAAUGCCUUAUGAGCAGUAUCCCAAAUGUGAGUCUCCUGUGGAUGUAGGCUACUAUUCAAUGCUAAAUGCAUACUCAAACUUAGCUAUCUCUGGCCCACGAAGCCCUGAAAGGCGUUUCUCUUUGGACACAGAUUACAGAAUUAGUUCUGUAGCUUCUGAUUGUAGUAGUGAAGGGAGCAUGAGCUGUGGCAGUAGUGAUUCCUAUGUCGGCUACAAUGAUCGGUCCUAUGUGAGCUCUCCUGACCCUCAGCUGGAAGAGAGUUUAAAGUGCCAACACGUACACCCCCAUAGUCACCUUAACUCUCAGCCAUUCCUGCAAGGUUACCAUGAUACGUUAACAAGAGUGCAAAGUUACAGUCAUGAAGAACCAAAGCAUCAUCACAAACCCCCACUUUCGUACAUGGCUGUACACCUUCAGCAUCCUACUCUUGGGGCUCGCUCGAGUUGUCCUGGUGAUUAUCCCACCCCUCAGAGCUCACAGCAUUCUAAGAACGUGCAUAUAGGAAGAGCGCUUGUGUCCACGAGAGUAGACAGCAUAUCUGAUUCCCGUUUGUAUGAUAAUUCUCCGUUAAGGCAAAGAAAGUCCUACUCUGGACAAGAUGGACUGGGUAGCUGGGACAGGCAAGGCUAUGGGAUUGAUGCUUAUGGCUAUCGUCAAACGUACUCUUUGCCCAGUAACCCUUCCCAACCAUGUUAUGAACAGUUUGCCUUCCAAAGUUUACCUGAGCAGCAAGAUCAGCCUUGGCGGAUUUACUGUGGCAUGCCGCAGGAUCCUCCACGGUAUCAGGACACCCGAGAGAAAGUCUAUAUAAACCUCUGUAACAUCUUCCCUCCAGACCUUGUGAGAAUUGUUAUGAAAAGGAACCCUCACAUGACGGAUGCUCAGCAACUGGCUGCAGCCAUUCUAGUGGAAAAAUCUCAGCUAGGUUAUUGAUGACGUGGCGACAACGAUGCAUCUUUAAGGUGUCUAUUUAGUUCAGUCUCAGCUUUAAUGCUGAGGGAGGUUUGCUACAAUAGCAUUUGUGAUCUCCUUCUCAGCAAGGAGAUUAUCUAGUAAUCCAUUUAUGUGAAAUACUGUGCUAUGGAAUCUGUAUGUACAACCCAAUGCAUUGGAAGUGACAGGUUUGGUUUUAAAUGCUAACUUGAAUUUUUUUUUAGAAAAAAAAGAAAUGUCACGACUGGAAGAUCUUUCCAGUUUAAUAUAUUGUUAUGUCUGUGGUCUCUGAUAAAACUAAUCUUCCAUGCAGUGGGAUUGGGGGGUUAUAUGCAGCACUUUUGAAAGUUUAUGUGUUUAUUAAUUUAUGUGUUUUUAUCCUUUGAGUGCAAAACAUUUUUUAAAAAAAACCCUGUGGAAAAUGGAGAGGAUUUUAAAUGCACCCAGCAAACAGUUUUCAAGCUAAGCUUAUUAAUGAAUUGUUUUUAUUGCAAUUAAGUUAUUUUUAUUUUAUUUGUGUGGUUUUCUUUUUUUGUGCUAUAAUUAUUUUAUUUAUAGAAAACAAAGGUCUUCUAUAGCACUGACUUUAUUUUUUAAACCAUAUGUGUGAGUUACCACUUUUAAUGCUGAAAUCGGUAACAAUAUAUUAGUACUUUAUAGUAUGGCACUUUUCAUUUGUGGUUUGUUUUAUUUUUUAAUUAAAAUUAUUUGGUGAUUCCUAUUGAUUUUUGGUGCAAGCAAAUGCAAUCAGGGGGAGAGCCUGCCAUCCCUUAUUUAUUAUUACGUAGAAGGCAAAAGCCUUUUUUUUUUUGGUUCAGGCGUUGAGGAUGCUGAGCUCCUACAAACAUGUGCUGUUGAAACUUAGGCUAUCCAUUUAGGUUACAGCCUUUUCCAACUAUGGUGUACUUCCAGUUAUCGGAAAUGGCAGUGAAGCCAAGCUUUGUUUUUAGAUGUCUCUCUUGCUCCUCCAACUGAUGCACAGGUAUACUGGAUACAAUGCUUUUUUCAUAAAAAAAUACCUGUUUUUAAAUGAAACAAAUUGUUCUCAAUGCAAUUUUUGUAUAUAAGAUACUGUGUAUUUUUUCAUGCUAUUUAUCAAGGCUGACCUGGAGAAGGUUUCAUGUUGUGUUGAAGAUAUGCAACAUUUUAAUAACUGCACUGUAGUCAUAGUAUUAUAGCUGAGAACGGUUCAUUCUCUUUUUAUUUUUUUGUAAGAUACCAUUAGAAGUUCUCAAAGUUAA